AUGUACGCCUGCGCCGAAGUGGACAGCGUCCGCUUGGCGCGUUCGCACGCCGUACGAAGACGACGCAGAGCUCGCUGGUUCGACGUCAUAUCCUUGCGGUGCUUACGCUUGAGCUCGGUCACGAAGAACUCGACCAGACGGUUGUCGAAGUCCACACCGCCCAAGUGCGUGUCACCCGCCGUCGCCUUGACCUCGAAGAUCCCGUCUUCAAUAGUUAGCAGUGAGACGUCGAACGUGCCGCUUCCGAGAUCGAAGAUCAGCACGUUGUGCUCGCCUCCUUUCUUGUCGAGCCCAUAUGCGAUCGCAGCAGCCGUCGGCUCAUUAAUGAUACGCAGCACGUUCAAACCAGCAAUAGCUCCAGCAUAUUUAGUCGCAUGA